AUGGAGUCCAUCAUUGCGAACCUCCUCUCCGACAUCUUCACGGUCGAGCAUGAGACCGCUCUCGGUCGCUUGAGGCCAUGGUUCGCCGGCGGCAUCAUCGCCUUCGUGGCCUUCCCGUGGGUGAUGAUGAUGUUGUACGGGUUGUACUUUGCUAUCUUCCUUCGGCCGAAGGAGCAGGCCGCCAUGGCACUCUCGCCGCUCCUCACGUUCUUAUACUUUCUAACGGACGAGGCCACGCCAGGCUUUGACGAGCGCCUCAUGCGGUUAUUCCACCCGAGUCUGCUGGAGGAAGACAAGGACGGAGGCUCUGUGCAGCGCGGCCUCAUACGGGCCAUGUCGCGCUGCCUCAUUGACAAAUUCGGGAAGGUGACCAACAUUCCCCGUGACACGGUGGUGCUGAAGCGCGAGGGCAACAACGCGAACUGCAUGGCCCUCGUCGACUUCGAGAAGGCGAAACAAGUCCGCUGCCAGCUGUCGUGGAAACACCGACCUGGUGUGGUAAAACGCUACCGCGAGAAGACGGGACGGUACCCGGCUCGCUCAGAGAAGGAGUCGUUUGUGCUCAACGGCAUCGGCAUUGCCUUCCCUUACACGUUCCAGGUGACGAGCUUUCACAUCGACCCGAAGAAGGGGGACGAGUUUAACAUUCUCAAGUAUCUCCGGCUCGUCGACUUCGACGACUUCGGGGAGUUGUUUGUGUGCCGCCUUUUCGAGAAGCCGCCGCGGGCCGCCGUAUCAAUGAUGGUCCAGCCGCUGAAGGAGAAGUACUCAAGCGACGAGGCACUCACGACGCUGCAGGAGUCUGUGCACAAAGUGGUCGAUGCGUGCGGUGGGUUGGCGUCAUCGCUGGAUAGCUUGUGCGUGGACCAGACGUCCUAUAAGGCCAUCUACGCACCCAAAUCGGAGGAUGCGGCGCCUCUGCCAGGGGAGCCGCAGGCAUUGAAGAAAGAGGAUGACCAAAAGGCACCGGCGAUCGACGGCGUGGACAUGGAGUACCAAGUGAAGGGGACCACCCGCAACGUUGAAGUGUAUCUGCGCCUUAACUUCUCUGGACUGAAGGCGCUGGUCACUCGGUACGAGCUGCGGCUGCUGCCAGACGAGCGGACACAAGUGGUGGUGGACCGUGACACAGGCAAGUCCAUCAUUAUUGGGUAA